AUGGAGUUUCACCUAACCAUUGAAUCUGCAGGAGUACUCAUUUCCUUUUUACUAUUCCUCUACUGCAUACUAAAAUGGAAAAACAGCAUGAAUACUACAGCAAAACCACCCCAACCAUCUGGUUCAUUGCCUAUUAUUGGCCAUCUACAUCUCUUAGGAGGGCUUCCUCACAUCGCCUUAGGAAGGUUAGCAGAUAAGUUCGGUCCAAUCUACAUGAUAAAGCUCGGCGUUCACCGAGCUUUAGUAGUAAGCACAGCAGAGACAGCAAAAGAGUGCUUAGGCGCGAAUGAUAAAGUAUUCUUAAAUCGGCCAUAUACAAUGUUUGCAGAGUUUCUCGGUUACAACUCCGCCAUGUUCGGCCUAGCCCCUUAUGGUCAGUACUGGCGUGAGAUACGAAAGAUCACCACUGUCGAGCUUCUAUCUAAUCAUCAGAUAGAAAUGUUUAAAGAUAUCAGAUUCUCAGAGAUAAGAUCAGCUAUAAAAAGAACAUCAUCAUCAGGUGAAAUGUCUGAAUUAGUUGACAUGAAACAAUGGUUUAAAGACAUAAGCUUGAACACUGUAGUAAGAACAGUUUUGGGGAAAUCGUUAAAAGAGAAUUACCAAGAUGAGGAAUACACUCGGUGCUUGAAGGCAAUCAGGGAAUUUUUUGUAUUGGGAGGUGCAUUUGUCCCUGCUGAUGCACUUCCGUUUUUGAGGUGGUUGGAUAUUGGAGGGUACGAGAAAAAAAUGAAGAAGGCUGCAUUAGACAUCGAUGUUAUAGCUCAAAAUUGGUUGGAGGAGCAUAGGAGAAGGAGAAGAUCGAAAGAGACACAAGAAAAGCGGUAUUUCAUGGAUGCGAUGCUUGACAUUAUGGAGAACACACAGGAAAAUGUUUCCAAAUUUGAAGCAGAUACAAUCAUUAAAGCUACUUGCAUGGCAAUGAUUUUAGGGGGAGCAGACUCCACAGCAGCAACCCUAACAUGGGCACUAUCAUUGCUACUCAACAACAAAGAUAUCCUGAAAAAGACUCAAGCUGAACUAGACAUACAAGUGGGCAAAAACAGGCAAGUGGAAGAAUCAGACCUCAAAAAUUUAGUUUACUUACAAGCUGUUCUCAAAGAGACCAUGAGACUAUAUCCAGCUGCACCCCUUUCAGUUCCUCGAGAAGCCAUUAUAAACUGCACCGUGAAUGGUUACCACAUCUCAGCUGGCACUCGACUCUUUGUUAAUCUUUACAAAGUACAUAGAGAUCCUAAAGUGUGGGAAGAUCCUUUGGAGUUUCGUCCUGAAAGGUUUCUUACAACUUACAAAGAGUAUGAUGUUAGAGGCCAACAAUUUGAAUAUAUGCCUUUUGGAAGUGGUAGGAGGAUUUGUCCUGGUAUAUCUUCUGCACUUCGAUUCAUGCAGUUUACACUAGCUAAAUUACUCCAUGCAUUUGAGAUCACAAUUUUAUCUGAUGAAGCUGUUGACAUGACUGAAGGUUUUGGAUUAACGAACCUCAAAGCCACACCACUUGAAGUCAUCCUCACACAUCGUCUUCCCCACAACAUUUAUAUAUAACGACUCUUUUAUGAUUUUCAAUUAAUCUUUAUUUGUGAGAUACCAUACAUGUAUGUCUGACACUAGCAUUAUGCGACACUAUUAUGAUAUUGUGUUUCACAUUAGCGUGCA